AUGUCUCCAGCACCCGUCGUUUCAGAUGAACAAUUGAAAAUCUAUUACGAUGUUGCCUUGAGCUUGGUCAUUAAAUGUGGCCAUGUAAUGCGUGAAGGUUUCAAUGCGAAGGCAACAAAUUUUGAAGUCAAAUCGGCAUUUUAUGAUUUGGUUACCGUUUAUGAUAAACAAAUUGAAGAUUUACUAAUUAAGGGACUGCAGGAUGCCUUUCCCGAAUCAAAAAUUAUUGGUGAAGAAGAAUCGGCGGCGAGUAAGCGAUUGGCUGAACUUACCGAUGAUUCAACAUGGAUUAUAGAUCCCAUCGAUGGUACAACAAAUUUCAUCAAUAAAAUUCCCCAUUGUUGUAUCUCGGUGGGAUUGGCGAUUAAGAAACAGCUGGUGGCUGGUAUUGUCUAUAAUCCAAUAUUAAAUGAAAUGUUUUCGGCUUGGAAGGGUCAUGGUGCGUAUUUGAAUGGUGAGCGGAUACAUGUUAGCAAGGUUAAUUCGAUUAACAAUGCCGUUGUGGCUCUUGAAGUAUCGCUGAUUCAUGCUCCACGGGUUCGCGAUAAAAAUGUGAAACGUCUGGCGAAAUUGGCAUCAAAUGCCACUGGAACUCGUGGUAUUGGCUGUGCUGCAUUGACCCUAUGCUAUGUGGCCUGCGGCCGUUUUCAAACAUUUCAUGUUGAAGAUUUACAACCAUGGGAUAUUGCUGGCGGAGCUGUUAUACUAACUGAAGCUGGUGGUGUUAUAAAGCACACUAAAGGUGGCAAUUUUGAUAUUAUGAAACCUGACUUGAUAUGUGCCUGUACCGAGGAACUUUUAAAAGAUGUGCAACAGUUGAUAGCCGAAGCCGAUCAAAUUACUGAAUUUGAAUUUAAAUAA